AUGACCGAUCAAAAGCAUCAUGAUGUGCUUGGCGGUGCGCCAACAGAGCAUGGCAAGGAGCCCAUCAAGUGGUACCGCACACCCUUCUACAAUGCCACCAUCCUUGGCUUCUGCAGUCUCGCAGCUCCCGGACUAUGGGGCGCAAUGAACUCCCUCGGCGCGGGUGGUGCCCAGAAACCCUACCUGGUCAACACCGCCAACGCGCUGACCUUCUGCCUGAUGAUAAUAUCCUGCUGGCUCACAUCCUCACUGGUCAAGUACGUCGGCAUCAAAGGCGCGCUCGUCGCUGGAACCAUUGGCUUUGCGCCGUACAGCGCCGGACUCUACACAAACAACAGGUUUGGGACAGAGUGGCUCGUGCUCCUCGGCGCGGCGCUGUGCGGUAUCUCUGCUGGCAUCUUCUGGGCGAGUGAGGCGGCGAUUGCAAUCGCGUAUCCAGAGCCGAGGAACAGGGGGAGGAUGAUUGCGUACUGGAUCACCUGGACGUGCGUGGGACGGAUUCUCGGCGGGGCGAUCAACCUGGGCCUGAACCACGAGCAGAAUACCGCAGGAAAGGUCGGUUACACAGUGUACUUGAUUUUCAUUGGACUGCAGUGCCUUGGUCCUUUCGUCGCGCUGCUGCUGAAUCGGCCGGAGAAAGUCCAGCGCUCUGACGGGGUGCCGGUGAAGCUCCAGAUCUACGACAACCCAUGGCAGGAAAUCAAGGCAACAACGAAGACGUUCUUGAAUAAAGAAUUUUUGUUGCUGGUAUUCUGGAUCGGACAAGGAGUCUACAGUGAGGCUGUUUACUACACCUAUAUCGCUCUUUGGUUCAGUGUCCGCGCUCGUUCACUAGGCUCGUUCCUGUCUGGCGUUGUUGCCAUCGUGGUCACCAACCUGCUAGGUGCGUGGCUGGACACACACAGCGUAGCGCUGAAGAAGCGAGCGCGCUGGGCCUUUGCAGUCAUCAUGGUCACACAGGGUACGUGGUGGAUCUGGCUCACCAUCAACGUCACUCAGUACUCUCAAUCUGGUGCUCUCUUUGACUGGGCAGAUGAAGGCUUUGGACGUGCAUUUGCACCUUUCAUCUUCCUUGUUGCAGGCUUCCAGCUAAACUACAACUUCGCAUUUUUCUUGAUUGGCCAGAUCUCGAACAGUCCGCAGGAGACAAUACGCCUUGCUGCACUUCUGCGAGGAACCGAGUCAGCCUGGCAGGCGCUUAGCUAUGGUUUGAACGCCAUUCCGAUCUUUGCCACUGUUGGAGGAACGUAUUUCAAUUUCGGGCUUUGGGCGGUAGCGCUGCUUCCUGCUUGGCUGGUUGUCAAAACCAUUGGUGUGAAGCGCAAACCUUCAUCGAUGUUCUUGAUCUGUUCGGCCGCAUCUGAGGUGAUUUCGAACGGCUUCAGCUGCACUCUCUUUCUAUGA